AGGGCUUCCCCAAAAAAAGAAAGGGAUCUCACAAACAGAUAUACAGACGGGACCAUCGUUCCGAGCGAUACCCACCUUCCUUUCUUCUCAACUCUCGCCCUCUCUUUCAGUCGACCUCACACUUUACGACUGCUCGACCUCUAGAUCUCAGGCAGCAGGCAGCGCAAAGCAGCGGGAUCAACCUCUUACGCCUUCACGUCCGAGGUUUUCAGCCGUCACGAGCCCGUUUCUCACUCCGUCGUGGUGACGUCGUCGUUGGCACACAGGGAAAAGAAAAACACGGCAGCCUAGCAGCCUAGAUAAUCAGGUCGCUUGCCGUUAGAUUGCGAGAUCGUAUCACAAAUCAGCAGUUACACUCGACAUACCAGUAGCAAAUUCGACAGCAACCAUGUCGCACGCCACUAGGGCCAACGAGGUCGUGGCUCUGGGUAACCCUUUGCCCGUCCACCUCGGACAAGACAACAACAACAACAACAAUACUACCCCCAGUUUCUCUCAAGCACCCACUCUCGCCCCUUCUUCCUCGUCCCGAUCGUCCAACGAGGAAAAACCUCACUCGGGCGGAGCCGCCGUCAUCGGUUCGUCCUCCAGCGGAUACACCACCAGCCACGAUCCCGAAAAGGGCGGUCUAGGCCACAACGGAUACGCCGGGGACGACCAUGAAGGUCUGGACGAGCACCACGUCGAUGUGGCCAAGGCUAAGGAGGAAUUCCACGCGCUUCAGCGGAGGAUGUCCGAGAGGUCUUCCUUGCACCGAGCGAGGACUAGGGGGAGUUCCGCCCCUGGAGACGUGGAGAAGCAGGAUGGUGACGACGAGGAGUGGAACUUGAUGGAUUACAUGAAGGGGAACCAGGCGGUCCGGGAGCAGGAAGGGUUCAGGCACAAGGAGGUUGGUGUCGUUUGGGACCACUUGAGGGUCAUCGGAGGUGGUGGUAUGAAGAUCCACAUCCGAACCUUCCCCAACGCCAUCAUCGAGCAAUUCGUCAUGCCCGUCCUCAAGGUCCUCAAGGUCUUCGGCAUCGACCCCAUGUCCCCCAAAUCCCGUGACCUGCUCACCGACUUUUCCGGUCUCCUGCGACCUGGUGAGAUGUGUCUCGUCCUCGCCCGACCUGGUGGUGGUGCGUCGACCUUUUUGAAGGCCAUCACCAACAACCGUGAGAGUUAUCAGAAAGUCGAGGGAGAGGUCGUCUACCAAGGCUUGAGCGCCAAGGAGAUGAAGAAGAAGUACGCUGGAGAGGUCUUGUACAGCGAGGAAGACGACGAGCACUUGCCCACCUUGACCGUCAGACAGACCAUCGAGACCGCCCUCCGAUGCAAGACCCCCGGAAAGCUUCCCGGCGGCGUCUCCGAGCACGAGUUCCGUGAAGAGUUCCUCAACACCUUGCUCAAGAUGCUCAACAUCGAGCACACCUCGGGAACUUUGGUCGGAAACCAGUUCAUCCGUGGUGUCUCUGGUGGAGAGAGGAAGCGUGUCUCGAUCGCAGAGGCGUUCUGUGGUCAGGGUUGUGUCUUUUCGUGGGACAACUCUACGCGUGGUCUCGAUGCCUCGACCGCGCUCGAUUACGCCAAGAGUAUCAGGACUUUGACCGACAUUUCCAAAAUGACUUCGUUCGUCUCCUUGUACCAAGCUGGUGAAGGUAUCUACGAGCAGUUCGACAAGGUCCUCUUGAUCGACAAGGGUCAGCAGAUCUACUUUGGACCUGCCAACCGAGCUCGUGAACACAUGCUCAGUCUCGGAUGGAAGGACAAGCCCCGUCAGACCACUGCCGAUUUCUUGACCGGUUGUACCGACGAGAACGAGCGUGAAUACGCCGAGGGCCACGACGAGAAGAACACCCCUACCACUCCCGAGGCUCAGGCCAAGGCUUACCUCGAGAGCCCCAUAUUCCGAGAGAUGCAAGCCGAGGCCCAGACCUACAAGCAAGAGAUGGAGCGAGACAACUCCCGUCAGGAAGAGUUCAGGAACGCCGUCUCCGAGUCCAAGAGGAAGUUUGUCGGCAAAAAGUCCCCCUACACUGUCUCCUUCUUCACCCAGGUCCAGGCUCUCGUUCAACGUCAGCUCAUCCUCAACGUCCAGGACAAGCUGUCCUUGUACUCUGGUUUCUUCACCGCUGUUGCCAUCGCCUUUAUUGCCGGAAGUUGUUUCUACAACCUGCCUCAGACCGCCUCGGGCGCCUUCACUCGUGGAGGUGUUCUUUUCAUCGCCAUGUUGUUCAACUCGUUGCAAGCUUUCAGUGAAUUGCCCGGACAGAUGCAGGGUCGACCCAUCUUGUACUCGCAAGCCAACAAGAAGUUCUACCGACCCGGUGCUCUCAGUGUGGCCCAGACUAUUGCCGAUUUCCCCUUGAACGCCCUGAAGAUUUUGCUGUUCACCAUUAUCAUCUACUUCUUGGCCGGUCUCGCCCGUACCGCCGGUGCCUUCUUCACCAACUACCUCUUCGUCCUCGUCACCUACCUGGUCAUGUCGGCGUUCUUCCGAGUGUUGGGAACCGCUACCCGUGAUUACAACGUCGCUGCCAGGUUGGCUUCGGUCUUGAUCUCUUUCAUGGUCAUCUAUGCCGGAUACAUGAUUCCAGUCUUCACCAUGAAGCGAUGGUUGUUCUGGAUCUACUACCUCAAUCCCUUGUCCUAUGGGUUCGAGGCCCUCAUGGUCAACGAAUUCAAGAGGGUUGAUCUGCAGUGUGACGCUGCUUACAUCGUCCCGUACGGAGCCGGUUUCCCUGCUACUGUUGCCAACACCGAACAAACUUGUACUCUGGCUGGAUCCACUCCGGGUCAGAACUCGGUUCCGGGUAUGGACUAUGCGUCUGCCGCCUUCGAUUACGCCACCGGACAUCUCUGGCGAAACCUCGGAAUUCUCAUCGGAUUCUUCAUUGGCUUCGCUAUCAUGCAAAUUCUCGCUAUGGAGGUCCUCGCCAUGAAGGCCGCCAACGUACAGGCCAUCGUCGUCUUUGCCAAGGAGAACAAGGAUACCAAGGAACGAAACCAGAGGUUGAUUGAGCGAAAGAAGGCUUUCCAAGCCGGAGAGAUCAAGCAGGAUCUGGCCGGAUUGAUCGAGUCGAAGCGUGCUCUCACUUGGACUGGUCUAAACUACACGGUCAAGGUACCUGGCGGAGAGCGACAACUGCUCAACGAGGUCGACGGAUACUGCAAGCCCGGUCAACUCACUGCUCUUAUGGGUGCCAGUGGAGCCGGAAAGACCACUUUGCUUGAUGUUUUGGCUUCUCGAAAAACCCUCGGUGUUAUUGGUGGAGACGUUUUGAUCGGUGGCAAGGAAAAGGAUGUUUCGUUCCAGAAGGGUACCGCCUAUGUCGAGCAGGGCGAUGUUCACGAAUGGACUACCACUGUGCGAGAGGCUAUGCGAUACAGUGCCUACCUCCGUCAGCCCGCCGAAGUCUCCAAAGCCGAAAAGGACGACUACGUCGAGGAGAUCCUCGAACUUCUCGAACUGCAAGACCUCGCCGACGCCAUGAUUGGGUUCCCUGGAUUCGGUCUUUCAGUCGAGAGCAGGAAGCGUCUCACUAUCGGAGUCGAGUUGGCCUCCAAGCCUCAGCUCUUGUUGUUCUUGGACGAGCCCACUACCGGUUUGGACGGACAGAGUGCUUACAACAUCGUUCGAUUCUUGCGAAAGCUGUCCGCUGCUGGUCAGGCCAUUCUCUGUACCAUCCACCAGCCUAACGCCGUCCUCUUCGAGAACUUCGACCGAUUGCUCUUGCUGCAGAAAGGAGGUCAAUGUGUCUACCACGGUCCCAUCGGUAAAGGUAGUGAACAUCUGCUGGCCUACCUUGAGAAGGGUGGAGCUAAGAUUGCCGAGAACGAGAACCCCGCCGAAGCCAUGUUGGAUGUCAUUGGUGCUGGUUCGCGAAAGCGAGUUGGAAACGAGGACUGGGGCGUCAAGUGGAACAGAUCCGAGGAGCGAGCCACCGUUCUCAGAGAGAUCAAGGAACUGAAUGAAGAGGCCAUCGCUCGAAACGAGGAGAUUCCCGAGAACCUCCGAAGGGAAUACUCUACCUCGUUCAUGUUCCAGUUGAAGACUGUCCUGCACCGAACCAACGUUUCUUUGUGGAGGAACGCCGACUACCAAUACACCAGGCUCUUCUCGCACAUCGUCAUCGCCUUGGUUACCGCUCUCACUUUCCUCCAGCUCGGCAACGAGGCGCGAGAGCUGCAGUACCGAGUCUUCGCCAUCUUCAUCGUCACCGUCUUGCCCGCCUUGGUCAUCGCCCAGAUCGAGCCCCAGUUCAUCAUGUCUAGGAUGACCUACUACCGAGAGGCUUCUUCGAAGAUGUACAGCUCGCAGGUCUUUGCGAUCACCCAGAUCGUGGCCGAACUGCCCUACAGUCUGUUGUGUGCUGUCGCUUUCUUCCUUGUGUGGUACUACCCUAUCUACAAGGGUCAAUACGAGAGCGCCCGUGCUGGAUACCAGUUCGCCAUGAUCUUGAUCACGGAGUUGUUCAGUGUCACCCUUGGUCAGGCCGUUGCUGCGCUCUCCCCGUCGAUCUUUGUCGCCGCGCUCUUCAACCCCUUCCUUCUGGUUAUCUUCUCGCUCUUCUGCGGUGUCACUAUCCCCUACCCGAACUUGACCUACUUCUGGAGGCAAUGGCUCUACUGGCUCAACCCCUUCACCUGGCUCGUUGCUGGUUUGACCGCCACCGCCUUGCACGAUCUUCCUGUCGUCUGCGGCGAUGACGAGUACUUCAGCUUCACGACUCCUGCCGGCCAGACUUGCGCCGAGUACGCUGGACAGUUCGCUCAGAGCAUGGGUGCCUACAUCAACAACCCUCAAGCUACGGGCGAGUGCCAGUACUGUCAAUACAGCUCUGGAAACACCUUCCUUACGGCCAUCAACUCCAAGUACAGCGAGCGAGGUCGAAACAUCGGGAUCUACUGCUGUUAUUUGGUGUCGAAUGUAGUAAUCAUUCUCCUGGCCAGUCGAUUCUUGAAAUACACCAAGCGAUAAGCGCGAGGUCAAAGGGCUCCGUCUGCUGGCCUGUUCUAGGUAUACCACAAUCGCUUCUCUUGGUUCUGUCACACCUUAUGCUAUAUAAUAUAACUAUAGACAUGCAUUGCUUUCCAUACCCUUGAGUUCCAUGUCACAUUAGUCGUAUCGAUCAACUACUGGUUAGGAGGUGAAGCUACGGAUAUGCUUCCGG